AAAAAUUAAUAUAAAUGGAGAUUUAUAGAGAAUACAAAACAUAACAAUGGGAGCAACGUCUAGUGAAUCAGAUGAAAAAGAUACACCUAUUUGUAGGAUUUGUUAUGGCGGACUAGAAGAUCAAUCUACAUUAGGUCGACUUAUUUCUCCAUGCCGUUGUCAAGGAACUAUUAAGUGGGUACAUGUAAAGUGUCUUUUGCAAUGGAGAAUCAAAAGUAAAUCAUCAAAAAGUUAUUAUCGUUGUGAUCAAUGUCAUUAUGAAUAUUUAUUUCUUCGACCACAGCUUUCUGCUAUUCUUGUAUCUUAUCCGUCGUUAUUAUUAUGCACAUUACUGGUUUUUAUAGGCUUAUCUUUUAUUGCAGGAUUUGUUAUUAAACUUAUUUUUUAUUUUGGAUUCGAAUAUAUAGUCGAUUUUCUCUUUUAUGAGCCAAUUCCUAUUCCUGAAUCUUUUGUUCGGCCUCGCACUUUAUGGCAAAUAUUUUCUGUUAUAGACACUACCCAUUUUAUUCUCGGAUUUCUCUCUUUAGGCGCAAUAGGUACAAUUCAACUACUAGGUCCUAUUCGAAACUAUCGUACCUUAUUUAGAAAUCAACGAAGACGUCAUUUACGUCAUUUUCAAGAUGGAAUUAUGAUCUUUUAUUUUACCGGAAUGCUAAAAAUUGCCUGGAGUUUAUAUAAAAAAAUUCAAAGCUGGUCUCGUUAUUGGUUAGAACAAUUAGGCAAUCGCAUCCUUGAAGUUGACGAACAACCACCCAAUACAUAACUCACUCAUUUUUAUUCUCAAAAAAAUAUACACAAUUUCUUACUUA